UAUAACUUUCUGUAUCAUGAUAUAAUCUCUGAAAAUAAUGUAUCCGAAAUCAGAAGGAACCAGGAGGAGGUGAAGGCGGCAUUAUGGAAUUUAUAAAAGAUCUGGCUGCUUCUCUGAGACGAGCCAGAACCGUGGAACUACCACAAGAUGAGACUUCUGCCUUUUACAUGUUGAUGUCCAUGGUAAUUGCCAAUCAGUACAGAUCAGUAUCAGAUUUGCUUGGUGAUUCUAAAUACGAUGUGAAUUACCACCAUGGAAGAGCCAACAGGAAUCUUCUACACAUAGCAGCCAAUUGUGGGUCAUAUGAGUGUUUACACCUAUUACUGAAGAGAGGUGCUGAUGUCAACCACAAGGACAUGUCUGGAUGCACUGCCCUUCAUCUAGCUGCCAGGAACGGCCAGAGAAAAUGUAUCAUGAAACUACUUGAGUACAAAGCAGAUGUUAACAUUCGGAACAAUGAAGGCCUAACCACAAUCCACUGGCUAGCUGUCAAUGGAAGGACUGAACUCCUGCAUGAUAUCUUCACCUAUGUCAAAGAUGUGGAUGUAGAGGAUGCACAAGGUCAGACAGCUUUACAUGUUGCCUGUCAAAAUGGACACAAAUCUACUGUAUUGUGCCUACUGGACCAUGGGGCUGACGUCAACAGACCAAACCACUACGGAUGGAUGCCAUUACACUUCGCAUGCAGUCAUGGGCAACACGACACAGCUAACAUCUUAUUGAAUAAAGGGGCAAAGUUUGUCCCCAAUAGAAGCAACAAGACCCCCAUGGAUCUUAGUGUAGAGGGUGGCUACAGUGAAACCUGUUGCACACUGCUACAACAUAUGCCCAAGUUGUUUGAUCAGCUGAUCAGUAUGGUGAGAAAGGAGACACUCAAAGAAACAUUGUAUACAAAGGUCUUGUUGUACCUGAUAGACAAAAACAGUAAUAUGGCUAAUAAGGUGUUGAUCCAGCUGUCAGAGGAAGCCUCUAACAUAGGACACAAUCUCCUCAGUGUAUCCAGCAAUGUGGAGACCCAGGUGUCAAGUCUGUUACGAUGUGUGAAAACCCUGUGUACGCUGUACAGGUCCAUGUCCAGUUCCUCCAACUCAUCUCAAACAUCUGCUAUCAAUGGAGUUGCACCCAUGUCACCUAAAACUACUCAAAUCUUCAAGCCACUGGAGAUGCUCUGGCAACUACUGGAUGACUGGCUCAAUCUUCUCAAGAUGGAAUUUGAAAGAAAUCCAGAAAAUUUCAAAAAAGAAAUAUCCUUUGGAAAUUUGAAUUCUCUUGCCAGAGAUUGCCCUGGUGAUUUGUAUGUUGCAGACCCAGUUGAUUCCAUAAAGGAAACAAAGAAAGUAAAUGAAGUGUCAGUGGAGAAAGUAGGCACAGAGAAAAGCACAGAUGUAAAAACAGAGGAGAAAGAAGAACCAAAAAGUAUGGGAGCUAGUGUUGAAUGGGAGAUAACUCCAACCGAAGGGGAGACAACCCAUCACAAGGUGGUAGCUGCCAAGUUCACUCUGGCUGAUAUGGAAGAGCAGCUUUUAAAACGCCUAAGCCUUGAGCAGGCAGACCAAGAUGUGGUGGGAGUUACCCUGCCAAGGAUAUGUGGCGUAGUCCAGGCUUUCUACAUGUGCUGCUCAUGUCAAAUACAACAGCAGAUGACGUCACCAAGGUUUAUAGAAUUUGUUUGGCGCCAUAACCAUGUAUUGAAGGCUUUAGUAAUCAGAAAUCCUAAAGUGAUAUUUGACCACUUCCACUUCCUGCUGGAGUGUCCUGAGUUGAUGUCCCAGUUUCUGUACAUAAUCAAAUCACAGCCAUUUGAGACAAGAAGGCGAUGGUUUUACGAGAAUUUAGGCACUACACCUGAUGAGAACGGACUGAUACAUUCCACACUUAACCAGGAGGACAUACUGGUGGUGGACAGAGGUCGGUUGUUCCACAGUAGCUGUGAGAGAAUGAUGGAGAUGCCUCCAGACAAGUUGAAGAAAGCAUUCUCCAUGAAGUUUAAUGGGGAGGAAGGAGUGGGCCGAGGAGUGGUGAGAGAAUGGUUUGAUAUUCUGUCUAAGGAAAUCCUCAACCCCGAUUACGCACUGUUCACACAGUCUGCUGAUGGUUGUACAUUCCAGCCCAACAGCAACUCGGCCAUCAACCCAGACCAUCUCAACUACUUCCAAUUUGCCGGACAUAUUCUGGGACUGGCUCUCUAUCACCAGCAUCUCCUUAGUAUCUACUUCACUCGGUCGUUCUACAAACAUAUCCUAGGUAUUCCUGUAAACUAUGAAGAUGUUGCUUCGAUUGAUCCUGAAUAUGCAAAAAAUCUUCAGUGGAUACUGGAUCACAACAUCAGUAACCUUGGCCUUGACCUCACUUUCUCUGUGGAAACUGAUGUGUUUGGGAAAAUGCAGGAAGUAGCAUUGAAACCUGGUGGUGCUAUGAUUCCAGUUACAGAGGAAAACAAGCAAGAGUACGUCCAGCUGGUAACAGAACUGAGGAUGACGCGAGCGAUACAGCCACAGAUAGAGAGCUUCCUGUCUGGCUUUCACGCCUUCAUACCACAGUCACUUGUUCAGAUGUUUGACGAGUAUGAACUGGAGCUGAUGUUGUCUGGAUUACCGGAGAUUUGUGUUGAUGACUGGAAGGCAAACACAGACUACAACGGUUACUGUGAGGCAUCGGAUAUUAUAAAGUGGUUCUGGGAGAUACUUGAGGAUUCCAAUGAGCAUGAACGAGUACAGCUGUUACAGUUUGUGACGGGCAGUUCCCGAGUACCAUAUGGAGGGUUUUCCAAGCUGGCAGGAGGAGGGGGAGCACAGAAAUUCACCAUUAGCAGUACUCCAUACACAUACCAGAUUCUCCCCACAGCCAGCACAUGUAUCAAUUUGCUCAAAUUACCGGAAUAUCCAAGUAAAGAGGAGCUUCAGGAGAGGAUCAGAAUAGCGUCUGCUUGUGGAAGUCAAGGCUAUACAACAGCUUGAUCAGUGAGACUCAAGGGCAUACCACAGCUUGAUCGGUGAUAGUCAAGGGCAUACCACAGCUUGAUCAGUGAUAGUCAAGGGCAUACCACAGAGUGAUCAGUGAUAGUCAAGGGCAUACCACAGCUUGAUCAGUGAUAGUCAAGGGCAUACCACAGUUUGAUCGGUGAUAGUCAAGGGCAUACCACAGUUUGAUCGGUGAUAGUCAAGGGCAUACCACAGCUUGAUCGGUGAUAGUCAAGGGCAUACCACAGCUUAAUCAGUGAUAGUCAAGGGCAUACCACAGUUUGAUCAGUGAUAGUCAAGGGCAUACCACAGUUUGAUCGGUGAUAGUCAAGGGCAUACCACAGUUUGAUCAGUGAUAGUCAAGGGCAUACCACAGCUUGAUCGGUGAUAGUCAAGGGCAUACCACAGCUUGAUCGGUGAUAGUCAAGGGCAUACCACAGCUUGAUCGGUGAUAGUCAAGGGCAUACCACAGCUUGAUCAGUGAUAGUCAAGGGCAUACCACAGCUUGAUCAGUGAUAGUCAAGGGCAUACCACAGUUUGAUCAGUGAUAGUCAAGGGCAUACCACAGUUUGAUCAGUGAUAGUCAAGGACAUACCACAGAGUGAUCAGUGAUAGUCAAGGACAUACCACAGAGUGAUCAGUGAUAGUCAAGGGCAUACCACAGCUUGAUCAGUGAUAGUCAAGGACAUACCACAGAGUGAUCAGUGAUAGUCAAGGACAUACCACAGCUUGAUCAGUGAUAGUCAAGGACAUACCACAGAGUGAUCAGUGAUAGUCAAGGACAUACCACAGCUUGAUCAGUGAUAUUCAAGGGCAUACCACAGCUUGAUCAGUGAUAGUCAAGGGCAUACCACAGUUUGAUCAGUGAUAGUCAAGGGCAUACCACAGUUUGAUCAGUGAUAGUCAAGGACAUACCACAGCUUGAUCAGUGAUAGUCAAGGGCAUACCACAGUUUGAUCAGUGAUAGUCAAGGACAUACUACAGAGUGAUCAGUGAUAUUCUGGUACACCAGAUUGUACUGGUAAAAUGUAGAACUCUGCUUCCAUACAGAAAUAUGUUGUGGUGCACCACAUGGAACAUCUACCUGUGCUAAUCAGGGACAGGAAGUAACUAACAGUAAAACAGACUAAGGUUAAGGGUUCUCCUUAAUAGACAAUGGUUCACCAUGGUAGAUAAUGGUUUAUCAUGGUAGAUAAUGGUUUAUCAUGACAGAUAAUGGUUCACCAUGAUAUAUAAUGCUUCACAUAACAGAUAAUGCUUUACCAUGAUAGAUAAUGCUUCUCCAUGGUAGAUAAUGCUUCACCAUGAUAGAUAAUGCUUCACCAUGAUAUAUAAUGCUUCACCAUGAUAGAUAAUGCUUCACCAUGAUAGAUAAUGCUUCACCAUGGUAGAUAAUGAUUCACCAUGAUAAAUAAUGCUUCACCAUGGUAGAUAAUGAUU